AUGAGGAGGCGGGCACCGAAGUGGGCUUCAGGUGCGGAGCGGAUCUUCUACGCGAAGUUCGGGGCCAGCCGCGGAGAGGCCGACGGCGACGGAGCAGGCGACACGGAGCGCGCCACUAAGGGCGCGAUCACCACGCUGCUCGACGUCGCCGAGGGCUGCAGGGCGCGCAAGAUCACCAUCGGCCUCGGCCCCGAGGACGCGGGCUCGGCGGAGCUCGUGUGCUCGCUCCUCUACCUGGGAUUCCAGGUUGUGCCAUCCCGGAAGUCUCCAUUGGUGGAUACAGCGCUCUUGCUGGACUUCGACAUUGGAUGGCCAAGCCUCCCAGGUGCCCCAUUCUCGUCCGAGAACGACUACACUUGCACAGCCACUUCCGAGUGUUCCACCUCCGCGGAGGAAGAUGGCUUGGCGGACAACUUGACCGACAGCAGCUAG